GUCUGGUACCGGGUUUUGAAACUGAUCUGCAUGGCUGUAGUGGGAAACAGCGGGGGUCAUGGCUGUGCCUGUAAAGGUGUUCGGUCUUGUUUGCUUUGUGAAUCGGUGAAUGACGGAGUGGUUCUGCAGAUGGAACGAAACAGGGCACAUUCAUUUAUCUACAGUCCCAAUAAAGGUAUGGCUCUUGGAAUAGAAAACACAGAUUCCGCUGGUUGGUGGAUUCCGUUCCCAGGUGUCUGUCUGAUACAAGAUUUUGUGACACAGGAAGAGGAAAAAGAGAUGGUCCAUCUAAUGGAUCAAGAAGAGUGGAAGCCUUCCCAGUCUGGUCGGAGAAAGCAGGAUUUUGGUCCAAAGGUGAACUUUAAGAAACAAAAGCUAAAAGUUGGCAACUUCUCCGGUCUUCCGAGUUUUAGUCAAAGACUGUGGCACAGGAUGAAGGAAUAUGCUGUUCUUGAAGGAUUUUUGCCAGUUGAACAGUGUAACCUUGAUUACCAUUCAGACAGAGGAUCUGCUAUUGACCCACACUUUGAUGAUUCUUGGCUCUGGGGGGAGCGACUAGUUAGUUUAAAUCUGCUAUCAAAUACAGUACUCACCAUGACAACUGAUUCUGUAGACAGCAUCCAGUUAAUGGCUACUGGAGAAGGAACUCAAUCAAGUGCCAUCAUAGACUUGAAACCUAAUAAUUUCCACCAUACAGACGUUCCGGGUUCUUCAUUUUUUGAUGAUGAAUCCCAAACAAAGUUAGUGCCGUGCAGUGAUGUGGAAGUAGCUAUAUGUUUGCCACGGAGAUCUUUGGUAGUUUUAUAUGGCGAGGCACGUUUUAAAUGGAAACAUGCUAUACAUCGCAAACACAUUAAGGACCGCAGAAUCUGUUGCACAUUCAGGGAAUUGUCAGAAGAAUUUAGCCCUGGUGGCAAAGAAGAGACGCUUGGACUAACAUUGCUUCAAGUAGCGCUUGGCUUUCAGGGAAAGUCAGCAUAAAAGGAAUGAAACUAUGCAGUGCUGUUUUUAAGGAGGUGAUUUGCAGCUAUGCUCCCAGAGUUUUAACAAAAUUGAAAGAUAGUGUUUGUGAUCUUGCUAGAUAAUGUUGCAGUUAAAGUAUUGUUCAGUGAAGACUGCGGUGGGGCAUCAAUUGGUUAUAGGUCAAAAAAGGUAUUGGUUGGCAUGAUUUCUGAAUCUUACUGUAGAGAAAAGACGUCUCAAAAUGUUAUCGUAUUUCCCCAAGUAUAAGACGCUCCCAUGUAUAAGACGCACCUUAAUUUUGGGGGCCGAAAUUUUAAAAAAUAUAUAUUACAUAAAGUUAUUGUACUGGCUGGCUAGGUAGGAUAUGGGUGUGAAUUAUGUUAGCUGCUAGCAAUUGUUAGCAAUUGCACUCCUACAUGCACAUCACUUUCAGCCUCCCUGUGCCCCCUACACACCGUCCAUGCUACUGGGUUCCUGUGUUGCCGCGACGGAUCAAGAGGCGCUGCUGAGCAACACAGGUCCCCCUU